CCUCCUACCUAUGGCCGACGCCCUCUGGUGAAGUGAUCACGGGGCACCGAAUACAAUGCCGAUGUUGCCCUUCAUUCCUCAACGCAAUACACAGCCUCAGCAUUACACGACGGGUUUAUAAGAAGCGUCAACGGCCAUUCACAAUUGUUCUACCCUGCAAGACUUCCCAUCCUUCUCAUCCUGCAUCACUAUCAUGCACGUCACCAAGACCCUCUCCAUUCUUGCCAUUGCACUUCUCGGCCUAGGACUGAGUGGAGUCAGUGCCGAGUACACGUUUUGCAAGCGAUCGGGUAAUCUCCUCGAGAGGGCAACUUCCUCAAAGGCGGACAAGCAACUGGCCCAUCACAAGCGCUUGUGGGAAGAGUCUGGUGCUACUACGAUCGAUGAAUUCAUGGAGAGGGUGCCUCACGAGGAGAUCACCUACCUUACCCAGGGCGAACAUGGAAUCAAGCUACGAGAUGUGGCCAGUGGUGCAGCAGUGACGGACGAGAAAGCCACCUCUGACCCCAACGCUGCGUCCAAGUGGCACUUUACGUGCAGCACACCUCAUACUGUCUGUGCUAUCCUGUAUGAUGGUAUCCAGUACAAGAAGGGCCCCUUGCCUUACAAGAUUGUUCAUAAAGAAAGUGAGUAGCGAAAGUGCUAGGCUAGACAGCAGUGGGUGCUCUAAUGAGGUUCCUUCUGUGUUGUCACCAUUCCACAGAAUUCACCGUCCUCUACUACUGGUAUUUCCAGCCCACUGUCGAAUUCAUCGCCCCCGGUGGCUCCGGCAACU